AUGUCGAGGAGCAGCUCGGCAACGACGACCGUACAGAAUGGAGACGCUGCACCGCCAUGGACGCCUCAGCAUGUCCAUAAGCCAUCCCUGUUGCAGAGGACGACCAUAAAUGAGUCUCGACGAACGGCUUCCAUAUCCAAAGCCGUCCACGAAGGCGCCGCCCUAGAUCCAGAUGAAUUAUUCACCAAGCAUACGAUCAGUGAAGUCAAGGCGAUCCAAACGCGCUUGCGCGCCGAUGCGGACGCGAAGCAGGAGGAGCUACGGCUCAUGGUUGGAGAACGGUACCGCGACCUUCUGCAGGCGUCUACAUCCAUCAUCGCCAUCUCGCAGUCGUCAAAGCGCGUCUUGCAGGACCUAGAGGAGGCAAAGACGGAGAUACAGGCGCAAGAGCCUCCUCCAGUCUCGCAGGAGACUUCCGUGAGAAGCGACGAUGACCUACAUGCUUUGCAAUUGCUUUCCGCACACCUGAAGUUGCUCCUUGAUGCACCCGAGCAUCUGUGGCGAUUGCUCGAGCGCAAGAAGUACUUCUCAGCCGCCUGGCUUUUCCUCCUGUCGCGAGUCGUACAUCAAGCACUACUCCAGAACGACGAUGAAGAGACAUGGUCGCGAAGUGGGAUAGAUGUGAUGGCUCAGUUCCCCCUCAUUCAACGCCAGUGGGAGGUGGUGGCGCAGUUUCGGUCACAAAUAAUACACAAAGCUGCCCUCCACUUACGAUUGCACGAUGCAUCAGACGAGGACACUUGUGCUACACUGCUAACCCUGCAUCUUCUGGACGCCAGGCCACUUACCGAUACGUUCGUCACCCUGCUAUCCCAAAGGUCAAGAACGCUACAGACGAUGCUUUCUCGGAACCCUCGCGAGAUCUCUCGGCCUGGUACUCCUUCAACACCAACAACUUCGAAUGGAGUCGCAACGGAUGCGAAGGGUGCGGGAGCGCGUAGGAAGCCCGUGCAAGAAGUACGAGAUGCUGUACUGGCCGCGUUGCAGCUCAUCGCGCACACGGUCAUUUCGGCGCGGCGCAUAUACCGGGAUGACGCAACUUCGCCGGGACUGGCCCUUCGCGUACUUCAGUUCAUCCAGUCAGACUCGCACGAGAUCUCUGACCUUCCGGUGGAUCUAUCAUUGACAACCCAAUCCCUUCUUGCAACGUUGCCAUCCUCGACACACUUCCAACUUCUGCCACCGACCUUACGAGCAUACAAGCCCUAUGUCGACCUCAGCUCCUCCAGUUCGACCGUUUCGCAAGACGACUUCACCCAGCGCUUGGAUGCCUGGUUCCGCACAUCCUGCAAGAACCUCAAAACAGCCAUUGAGCGGUGGUUUGCGGACCUGGAAACGGUCAAGGAGGUCUGGGGCGUCCGGAAGGCCAUCCUGAAAUGGAUUGCGGGAGAAUCAGGACUAGAGGGAGGAGAAGCUACACACAUCGAGUCCGUGUUCGACGACUUGUGUCGGCAACGUCUGGUCGGGAUCUGGAAGGCGGCAUUCCUUGAUGCGGAGCGGGCUUUUGAGCGGCAGCUCACCGCUGCCGUUUCGACUCUAAAGACUGGCGGCGAGCCCACAAUUGAUAGCUCGCCUCUGGAGUUCCUCUUCCAAGCCCCGUCGCUCCCUGCCGUUGCACAAAUGGGGUCAACUCACGGCGACGGUCUGUUUCACAAGUACAAAACAUCACUGCGAUAUCAGCUUCUCGGUCGAACAACUUUGCUGAAUGAUGUGCUAUCCGCGUUGGAAGACUGUGCUCGGACAUUGCAGCAGAGUUUUGCGCAUAUAAUUGGCCACGCAUCUGAGACCGACGCACGCCUUCUCGAUGAACUUCGGGCGACGUGUCGGCCAGACGCCGAGGCUGUCUGUACCAACGUUUUGCGCGUUAUGGCGUCCCUCAUCAUCCAUCCUCAAACGUUCGCAGAUUCUUCCAUUCAUAGCCUUCUCUUCGUCGGCCGCCUUGCAGAGAAUCUCAACACCGGUUCAUCUUUCGUCAGAGACCUGAGUUGCAGCGAUGAAUUUCGCGAAGAUUUCCGGGUGAAGACCAGAGAUCUGCACGACCGUGUUAUUGAUCAAUGGAGAAUGUACACGGUAGACCGCGUUAUACACCAACACAAGCUACAUGAGCCUGGCGUUACGGGGACAUCAACUGCAGCUUUCUCACCCUCUUUUGCGCUCGUUAAUGCGUUGUGCGAACUAUCGAACGCUGUUCAGCAACUGGGGCUCCACCGGGACCAGACGCGGCAGCAACGGCUUGCUGGCGACACCCUCCGUCUCUUCCUCCAGCAACUCGCAACAGACCGAUGGAAAUCCGAGGGCUUCCAUGCCCUCUGCGACGCCGGUUUCCUGCGCGCCUUAACUGGCCUUUGGGGUCCAGAUUGGAGCGACAUCGCCUCCGUAUUGGACGACAAAAUCCAGCAGGUACGCCCGAGUCUCGCCCACCCUCCCCGCGACACGCAUACUCAUCCGGCUCUCGCGCAGCUCAACCCGCAGGGCGAAAUACGAGACGCGGCCGAGCUGGAGCGCGGCGCGGCGGCGUACCUUGCGCGAGUGCAGGUCCUGCUCGCAGGCUUGCUGCCCGCGCGUGAGGGAGCGAAGAGCGAGCUGCUGCGGUACGGCACGCCCGUGGUCGGGCAGGAGUUCCAGCCCGCGCUCGAGCUCGCAAAGCCUGGCGCGCGCUUCGGGCUGCUGCUCGUCGGCGGCGCGGGCGGGACGGUGUGA